CAGGAAGUGCGAGGCUGCAUGUGAACGCUGUUAGGCCUACACCAGCCCUGCUGAAUCACAUAGCAGGACAAGAAGAAAUGCAGGUUUUGUAAUCAUAGCUGCUCAGCAGCUCCACUGGAUACACACUACAGCCGGGCAGACGGUGUGGAGGACCGUUCGGGAAUAGGAAAAGGGGAAGUUUUCAUCCGUGUCUUGGAUUGUUGAAAGUCUGGCAAAGGAUUCUCAGGAUGGGCAGUCCUGCUACUCUUGAGCACUACAAGGCUGGCAUGCUGCUAAGUGGCGCUGGAGAUGCUAUUGGCUUCCAGUGGGAGUUCAACUAUUCCGGGCCAGACAUCCACGAGGCUGUAAAGAAGCUCGGAGGACUGAAGAAAAUUAUUGUUAAACUGCCCAAAUGGCUGGUCAGUGACGACACUGUCCUCCACCUGGCCACUGCUGAAGCUUUAGCAACAGGGAAGGAAGGUGAGGAGCUUCUGCAGGAAGUGGCUUUUCGUUAUGUGAAAGGGAUGACGGACAUGGCGGGGAGGGCACCAGGAGGUUCUACCAUCAUGGGUGCAUCAAUGUUAAAGCCAGGCACUGAAGGCGGCUACAGAAUUCCUUACAACCCAAGGAGUGGAGGAUGUGGAGCUGCCAUGAGAGCAAUGUGCAUCGGCUUGAGAUACCCUCAGCCUGAACAGCUGUCCUCAUUGGUGGCUGUUGCUGUGGAGACGGGAAGGAUGACCCACCCUCAUCCAACCGGAUUCUUGGGUGGUGUGGCUUCGGCUCUGUUCACAGCCUACGCCGUCCAGCGCCGUCCAAUCACAGAAUGGGGGCUGGGAUUAGUGAAGGAAGCCUGUCCAGCAGCGAAGGAGUUUGUGAAAACAGCAGGAUACGCUGUGAAGGAGACGGAGAGAGACUGGGGAUACUUCACUGAGAAAUGGGAAUGGUAUCUUAAAUUGAGAGGUUUGUCAUCUGGGACCGGGCCGGUGGUCUGGCCUGACCCAUAUGGCCCGGCUGAACGAGAUGAGGCUUAUAAAAGCUUCAGUUGGAGUGGAUGGGGGGGAAGCAGCGGCCAUGACGCCCCAAUGAUAGCGCUGGAUGCCCUUCUGGGGGCGGGCUCAAACUGGGAAGAGCUAAUGAACCGAGUGGCAUUUCAUGGAGGCGACAGUGACAGUACUGCAGUGAUCGCCUGCUGCUGUUGGGGUUUGCUGUACGGAACAGAGGGAGUUCCUUCAGGUAACUACAACUACCUGGAGUACAAACACCGACUGGAGACCAGCGCAGAGAAACUGUACAAGCUGUCGCACUGAAAGGGGGCGAACAUCACGUCCUGGAAGUAGAAGACACUACACAGACAGAAAAUGAAUGUUAACCAGGAUUGAUCAUAUCAACCACAUAAAACCGAUGGGCCUGAAAAAAAACAAAGGAAAUCUACCGCCAGGAGUUACACUACAUGGAUUUGAUCAAUCAGUUUUCUAACACUAUCCCAUUUC